GAUGAACUUGAUUAUUAGCUCCUAAUAUUUCUACCUCCAAAUUCCAAUUAAAAUUUGUGGGCUGGGCCAACUUCACCUCAAACUUCACCGUCCGGGAAAGUUUCCGGCUAUUCAGACACUUGGACAAAAGUUCUCUACUCGCCGGUUUUGCUCUGAAAUCCCACCAAUACAGAAGGUGGCGCCGGGACAGCUCAAGCCGUUCUGUUGGAAAAUUAAUUAUCAUAGUGUAGUUAAAAGAAGGAAAUAGUGAAGAAUCACUGGAGUCUUUCACCCGCUCGAGAGGAUUUCCUCAGUCUAUAUCGCUCAUGGAUUAUCUGAAAACUAUAGUCCCUUCUCAAUUCCUUGCUGAACGUGGCUCCAAUCUUGUUGUCAUCAAUCCAGGUUCUGCUAAUGUAAGAAUUGGGUUUGCUCAACAAGACGCCCCUUUGAAUAUCCCUCAUUGUAUUGCUCGAAGAAUCACUGUAGAUGGCAAAUCCACCAAGAAAAAUGUUAAAGACCAGGGGCUUAAUUCCCAGGUUACUACAGCACAACAUAUGGAAAGGGAGAAAGCAUAUGACGUUAUUGCAUCGCUAAUGAAAAUCCCGUUCCUGGACGAGGAGGUCACAAAUAAUGCAUACCCUCGAAAGAUGGGUCGCAUUGAUGUAUAUCCUCCCCAAACUGCCAAGAAAGAGACGGCAUUCUCUUGGACUGACGUAUUUGAGAAGACCACCAAUCCACCCUCUACAUCAGAUCAUUCACAGAACAAAGAACAAACCAUGAAUUCCCCACAACAGAAUGAUGGUAAUGAUAUCACAAGUAGAGACCCUUCAAGUGAAAGAAAAUAUAGAGAGUAUAUAUGUGGUGAGGAAGCUCUUAGAAUAUCUCCAGCUGAACCAUAUUGCUUACACCGCCCCAUCCGCAGAGGUCAUCUUAACAUCUCUCUGCAUUAUCCUGCACAGCAGGUAUUAGAAGACUUGCAUGUUAUUUGGGAUUGGGUUUUGACUGAGAAACUGCACAUCCAACAGAAUGAGAGGGCUAUGUUUUCCUGCGUUCUUGUUCUUCCUGAAACUUUUGACAAUCGUGAAAUUAAGGAGUUGCUAUCCGUUGUUUUACGAGAUCUGCGCUUUGGGUCUGCAGUGGUUCACCAGGAAGGUCUGGCGGCAGCUUUUGGAAAUGGUUUGUCAACAGCAUGUAUUGUUAAUUUGGGUGCCCAGGUGACAUCAGUUAUCUGUGUUGAGGAUGGAGCUGUAUUGCCUACAACACAAAUAACAUUACGAUAUGGUGGAGAGGAUAUAUCAAGGUGCCUUCUUUGGACUCAGAGACAUCAUCAAACAUGGCCUCCAGUUCGAACUGAUUCCUUGACAAAGCCUGUUGAUUUGUUGAUGCUCAACAAACUUCGAGAAUCCCACUGCUCCAUCAGGGAAGGAGAAGUUGAAAGUGUUGCAGUGGUUCAUUCAUAUGAAAAUGGCUUGCCACCUGGUUCUCACAAAACAAGGCUGACUGCUUUAAAUGUUCCUCCAAUGGGUUUAUUCUACCCGAUGCUUUUGGUUCCAGAUGUUUAUCCUUCACCACCGCGCACUUGGUUCAAAGAUCAUGAUGACAUGCUGGAAGAGACGUGGCACCCUGAAGGAUUUUUCCCUGGAAGCACGGGCUCAUAUCCCAUGUGGGACAGCUACCCAAUUUUUCAGGCAAGACCCAACAGAGAGGAUAGCAUCGGUCUUGCUGAAGCUAUUACAAAGAGCAUUCUCUCAACCGGACGUAUAGACCUACAGAGGAAAUUGUUUCUUAGCAUGCAACUGAUUGGCGGAGUGGCUCUGACUAGUGGUCUCGUUUCUGCUGUGGAGGACAGGUUUGUUUAGACUCUGUGUGUGUGUGUGUGUGUGUACAUAAUAAUGUAGGCUUUAAGUUGACGUGAACAUUGUAAGAGAAAUUUAAAGUGUGGAGAGACCACAUCAAGGAAAUUUACAGUAGUUUCUUGUAAUAUGGCCUUUGCAUGCAUAUCUAUAGACAUUUUUCCAUUUCAUUUCAAUGGCAAAGGCCUUAUUAUUUCUUAAUUUCUCUGAUAUCCUUCUCUUUGCAGGGUUUUGCAUGCAAUUCCUCCAAAUGAAGCCAUUGACACUGUUGAAGUGAGUAUAUGAAUUUUUGAGUUCCAUUGAUACAUUUUGUUAAGAAAAUUUCUUGGUUGCCUUACUAAUAUGCCAUCUAGUGGUUCCCUGUAGGAAUUUCUCUGUUCAUGUGGUUGCUGAAUCAUAUUUUUGAUUUAAAAGUUUUCAUCACCUGUCACUUUCAAGGCUUACUAAUUUCAUGCUAAUCUGUCCACUAUUUCCCUUUUUUCGCCUCGAGAUAUCAUAUUCAGUCUUUCUUUUCUUUUCCCUUCUAAUUUUUCCAAUUUGUGAAGUGUCUGUUAAUCCUCCUUGUCAUUGACACCCAACUCUUUGCACAUUUAGGUCUUGCAAUCAAGAACAAAUCCAACGUUUGUUACGUGGAAGGGAGGAGCAGUAAGUAUCUACGAUGGUACCUGCAAAAUUAUUUGUUUAUAUUCUCUGAUGGUAGUAUCAGGAUUCUGGAUUAGCAUAUUGGGCUUCCAAAUAUUACUUCUGGCCUGAAUGAGUAUGCCGGAAAAUUCCUUUUGCCCUUGGAUAUGAUUAAUUACAUGGAUCUGUUAUCGGCCACGAAUGGUUAAGAACACACGUGGAAAAUUCUACAGUAAAUAGUUUAUUUUUGUAUUGCAAUUUUGAAAUCAAGUGUACUCAAGACUUUCGUGCUCAUAGAUCAUGAAAAAGGUUUCUGCCAAAACUCAAUUGAAGCAUGAAACUAAAGUCGUCUCUCUUGCUUCUUCAAAUUCUUUGCAGAUACUUGGUGUUCUGGAUAGUCGAGAGGCCUGGAUAUAUCGAGAGGACUGGAUGCAGAAUGGGAUUCACAUCGGCACUGGUAGAAAGUACAGGGAUUCUUAUUUUCUCCAGGCACAAGCAUUGUGUUACAUAAAUUCUUGAAAAGCAGUAGGCAUCCUUUGUGUGAUUCUUAGCAAAGUAGAAUUCUAAACAAGCAAAGAUCAAGUUUGUUGCGAGUAGUAGAAGGCUGUCGAAUUUGGAUUUCAGUCCUGACAAAUCUAACCAGUGGUUAGCUGUAACUAGUUUUGGUAGCUCAAGUUCUUCGCGAAGUUGAUGUAAUUUCCCAAUUCUUAACAACCAUUUUCAAACCUUUCCUUUCUGAGUUAGAUUCUACUAGCAUAAGAGCUUGCAGAUUCUCUUACUAACCUCAAAUACCAUCUCUGGAUCUUUGUGAUAAAGCAGUUCUUAUUUCUUGAAGUUACAAUGUAUUAAUAUUUUUUGUAGUUUCGGUAUU